GCAGAUUUUUAAUUUUGGAAGCAUAUAAGUUAGGUUUAUGUCAAUGCCACUAGGGGUGGCAGUUCGGUUAUUUCAGUUAUAACCGGUAACCGAUCGGCCGGUGAUCAGUUAACCAAAAUAAUCACUCCCCCUACCGAAAACCGCCCGAAAUAGGUUUCGAUUUCUCGGUUAUCUCGAUUAUCGGUUAACCAAACCACUUUUAAGACCAAAGACCAUUUCGUCCAGCCUCCGAUAACCGACAGAAGUUCGGUUACUUCGAUUACCGGUUAGUGACCGGUUAACCGAUAACCGAACUGCCACCCCUAAAUGCCAGUCAACUUGAGCAUACAAAAUUUGUCCAUACUCGGAUAGUGUUGGGUUGUCACUGUACUGGAAACGCACUUCUCUAUAAGUAAAGCCUGGAAUCUUGAACGUGUCCUUGGAGACCAAGCAGGAGUCCACCAUUAAUAGCCCAUUUCAAAGCUUCCUGACAAAACAAUGGUCUAUCUUCUUCUCCUGCUCCCACUCUCCAUCACUAUCCUCGCCAUCAUCAUCAUUUCCCGAACCUUCACCGCCUCCGCAACUUCCAGAAAGCCGCCGCUUCCCCCCGGUCCAAAGCCAUGGCCCGUCGUCGGCAACCUCCCUCACCUCGGGAAACAAGCUCACACCUCCCUUCAAACCUUCUCCAACCUCUACGGCCCUCUAAUCUCCCUCCGCCUCGGCUCGCAGCUCCUCGUCGUCGCCUCCUCCCCCGCGGCCGCCGCCGAAAUCUUGAGAACCCACGACCGCCUCCUCUCCGCCAGGCACGUGCCCAGGGUGGUUCCUUACGAAAUCGCAGAGCUCGACCGCAAGGCAAUCAUUUGGGCGUCCGACUGCAACGACCACUGGAAGGCCUUCCGCGCCAUGUUCAGGAACCAGAUCUUCUCGACCAAGGCGAUUGAAUCUCAAGCCGCCGUCAGGGAGAGGAAGGUCUCCGAGAUGGUUGACUUUCUCGGUGGGAAAUUAGGGGAAUCGGUUAGAAUCGGCGAAGUAGUGUUUGCCGCUAUGUUCGAUUCGCUGUCGAAUCUCAUCUUCUCUCGAGAUUGCAUCGGGUUCGUGAGAAACGAGACGGCGAAUCGAUUGAGAUCCAUAAUUUGGAGAUUGAUGCAAUUAGGGGCUUCCCCUAAUCUCUCCGAUUUCUUCCCAGCUCUGAAGAAAUUGGAUGUUCAGGGGUUGAGACGCGACUCAUAUCGUCGUACCAAGCAACUCCACUCCGUUUGGGCGCCAUACGUUAAGGAGAGGAGAGCAAAACGGCAGAAGCAAGAGCGAUCUGAAGCUGCAGAUUUCUUGGAUAUAUUCUUGGAAAAUGGACUCGACGAUGACCAGAUUGACUGGUUGAAUCUCGAAUUGUUCGUCGCCGGAACGGACACCAACACGGCCACAAUAGAAUGGGCGAUGACAGAGCUGAUUCGAAACAGGGGAGCGAUGAACAAGCUGCGGGAGGAGCUGAAGAGGGAACUAUCGCCACUGGAACCGGGGAAGAUGAGCGAAUCCGCGGUGGCUCGGCUUCCGUACUUGAAUGCAAUCUUGAAGGAGACCCUGAGGCUACACCCGCCGGCGCCUCUGCUGCUGCCGCACCGAGCGCCGGAGACUUGCGAGGUAAUGAAUUACACGGUCCCAGAGGGGGCUCAGAUCGCGGUCAACGUGUGGGCGAUAGCGAGGGAUCCCACGGUGUGGGAGGACGAACCGACGUCGUUUAAGCCGGAGAGGUUUAUCGAGUCGAAGGUGGAUUUCAGAGGGCAGGAUUUCGAGCUGCUGCCGUUUAGCGCCGGGAGGAGGAUGUGCCCUGGAAUGCCGUUGGCCGUAAGGCAGAUUCCGCUGGUCGUGGCUACUUUGGUUCGGAGCUUCGAUUGGUGUCUACCCGACGGAGAAGAUCCGGCGGAGUUGGAUAUGAGCGAGAAGUUUGGGAUCACGUUGCAGAAGGAACGACCUCUGCUUCUUGUUCCGAGCCGGAGUUCGUUAUGAGGCUUUUGAUGUUGUAUCCCGAAGCUCUCGUAUUCCUUCUUCUCCGCUGCUUCUGUGCAUUCUUCAUCCUUCUUAGUUGCUCCUCCCUCUUUUACUCUUCUUCUCAGCUACUACUUGUUCAUUUUUAUCUCUUCUUGUCUCAUCACGAUGACAACCAUCUACCCUGAUUCCUCUGCCUCUGUGAUACGAGUUGAAAUCGUAUGAGUGAAUGAAUCCCUUUUCUUGGCGGGAUUGAACCAGGUUUCUCCUUUCUUGACGAGAAUGGUCAGGGGUUUCUUGUUUUCUGAAAUUGCCACCUUCUUCAUUUAUUCGUAGGUAUAAAUACAAAUGAACAAUAACUAAUUUCCUAACAAACAGCCACUACUACUGCUACACCUAUCUACACGUUCCACUUAUGGUGGAAGUGAUUAAUACCUAACAACCUUUAAUCCCACUUUAACAAAGACUCCACAACUGACUCAACAAACAUAAUAUGAAUCCUGAUAUGCUGCAAUUCACUAAUUACGGAUCAAGUGCACAUUGGGCUGGUGGCUCGGCUGGACGGCGAGGCCCACUGAAUUGUGGCCCAUCACUCUGCCACCACC